AUCCACAGCUGCAAACCCUGUCACUUGAAGAGUGGGAGAUGGUCAAGGAAACCUGUGAGGUCCUGCAGCCUUUUGAGGAAGUGACUGUGGAACUGAGUGCCGAAAGGUUUGUUACUGGAUCAAAAGCCAUUUUAAUGGCAAGAGGGCUGCAGAGGGUUACUGCACACAGACAGAGAAGUCCUUCCAUCUAUCAGCCAAUCCGCAACAUGGUAGACAUCCUAAUGGCAGAAAUUGUCAAACGGCUGGGAGGGAUCGAACAAGUGAGCCUGCUUGCAGAUGCUACACUUUUGGAUCCCAGGUUCAAGAAGCAUGCAUUUUUGCAUGAUAGACAUGCAGAAGAUGCUGUUACAAGAGUUGUGGGAGCUGCAUCGAGGUCCUUAAGACCACUGCCACUGGCAACAUCCAGCACAGAGGAAGGAGAGGGUGUCCCACAGGCCAAUCCUUCCACUGAGACAGUGCCUGUGAUUUGGGCCGAUUUUGAGGAGCGGGUUGCAUCACUGAGGCCAGGAGUCCAAAACCCCUUCACAGAGGCAAUGCUGGAGAUUAAAGGAUUCCUGUCAGAGCCACUCCUACCCGGAACAUCUGACCCCCUGGAGUGGUGGAAGUCCCGUGCCACUGUCUUCAAAAAAACCUGCGAUGUUAUGAAGACGAGACUCUGCAUAGUGGCAACUUCCGUUCCAUCAGAGCGGAUCUUUUCAAAGGCAGGACAAAUAAUUACAGACAGGAGGAACCGUCUCAGCCCUGGAAAAGUUCGGGAGCUUAUUUUCCUCAAUGCCAAUCUGUAAGGGACAAUUCAUUUUGAAGUGGACUAGUACUUUUGAACGCAUUAAUCUGUGAAUUUUAUUUUUUUUAAUUUAUAUUUUUGAUUUUGUUGAUUCACAUUUCAUUUUCUAUCUGUGAGACAUUUCAUUGAUAUUCUAUUGAAAUAAAAAUAAAUGUUCCCGUUACAAAUCUUUAUUUUUU